AUGUUGAUUAAUGAGAAAAAGACCUGGUAUGAUGCUCAGACCUACUGCAGAGAGAAACACACCGACCUGGUCAGUGUGAGGAACAAAACUGAGAAUGAUGAGAUCUGGAAAGUGAUUAAAAAUCCAUCUAAUGAAAAUGUUUGGAUUGGUCUGUUUAAUAACUCCUGGAAGUGGUCAGAUCAGAGUAAUUCCUCAUUCAGAUACUGGAGCUCUGACAAACCCAGUGGAGGUUUGAACUGUGCUGCAGUGAAUGUGUCUGAUCAAGACCACUGGACCAAUGUGGACUGCACAGAAAAACUCCCCUUCAUCUGCCAUGAGAAUAAGCUGAUCCUGAUUAAGCAGAAUCUGACCUGGAAAGAAGCUCUGAACUACUGCAGGAACCAUCAUUAUGACCUGGUCUCAGUGCGCACUGAGGAGAUGCAGCUCUGGGUGAAGGAAGUGGUUCAAAACGCCUCCACCGAAAAUGUGUGGCUCGGCCUGCGUCACACCUGCGCUCUGGGCUUCUGGUACUGGGUGACUGGAGAGAUGAUCUGCUACCAGGACUGGGCCCCGGGGAACGGGACAGGGUUCGAAGACUGCAGCCAUGAAGAGAGAACCGGAGCAGUGCAGUCUGGAAGAAAGCAGCAGUGGAUCAGCCUGCCUCAGAGCGACACACUCAACUUCAUCUGCUCUACCUAUGAAGGUUAGUCAGUGUGGUGUUUUCGCUGUAGUAGUUCAUGAUAUCAUAAACAUUUUCUAUAUAUUUCUUCUAACACAUUUAAUCAAACAUGAAGUCUGAGCACCAUAUGUGCAACAUCAGCUAAUCCACAUCUUUUUUAUUUUUUUGUCAUAUAGAUUAAAAAAAAAAUCUGUCCAUCAAAAUCUUUGAUCCUAUAUGUAAUCUGUGUGUCACACAU